CUCGAAUGCGCGUCCGGUGAAGGUGCAGGCCGGGUGCCGCCGCUGCCGCAGCUGGGAGAUGGUUCGGGCCUAGCGGAGCAGGGAUUGGAGGGUAUCUAGAGCAACAGCAAAGCUGAGGUCAAACUGCCAUAAGGAUGGACACCAAGGAAGCUGUGUUUGGGACAAAAAGAAAUCAAGAUAAGCAACAUGAACCGUGAAGACCGAAAUGUGCUGCGUAUGAAAGAACGGGAAAGGCGGAAUCAGGAAAUUCAGCAGGGCGAAGACGCCUUCCCACCUAGCUCUCCUCUCUUUGCAGAGCCGUACAAAGUUACUAGCAAAGAAGAUAAGCUAUCAAGUCGUAUUCAGAGUAUGCUUGGAAACUACGAUGAAAUGAAGGAUUUCAUAGGAGACAGAUCUAUACCAAAGCUUGUUGCAAUUCCCAAGCCUACAGUACCACCAACAGCAGAUGAAAAAUCUAACCCAAAUUUCUUUGAACAGAGACAUGGGACCUCUCAUCAGAGUAGCAAAUGGACUCCAGUAGGACCUGCACCCAGUACUUCUCAGUCUCAGAAACGGUCCUCAGGGUUGCAGAGUGGACACAGUAGCCAGCGGACCAGUGCAGGUGGCAGUGGUGGCACCAGUAGUAGUGGCCAGAGGCAUGACCGUGACUCAUAUAGCAGUAGUGGAAGCAGUGGUCGGAAAAAAAGCCAGCAUGGAUCGGAACACUCCAAAUCACGCUCUUCCAGCCCUGGGAAACCACAGGCUGUUUCUUCAUUAAGCUCCAGUCAUUCCAGGUCUCAUGGGAAUGAUCACCAUAGCAAGGAACAUCAGCGUUCCAAAUCACCUCGGGACCCUGAUGCAAACUGGGAUUCUCCUUCCCGUGUACCUUUUUCAAGUGGGCAACAUUCAAAUCAGUCUUUCCCACCUUCAUUGAUGUCAAAGUCCAGUUCAAUGUUACAGAAACCCACUGCCUAUGUGCGGCCCAUGGAUGGGCAAGAGUCCAUGGAACCAAAGCUGUCCUCUGAGCACUACAGUAGCCAAUCCCAUGGCAACAGCAUGACUGAACUGAAGCCCAGUAGCAAAGCACAUCUCACCAAGCUGAAAAUACCUUCCCAACCAUUGGAUGCAUCUGCUUCCGGUGAUGUGAGCUGUGUGGAUGAAAUUCUUAAAGAGAUGACGCAUUCAUGGCCUCCCCCUCUAACGGCUAUUCAUACACCAUGCAAAACAGAACCUUCCAAAUUUCCUUUUCCAACUAAGGAAUCUCAGCAGUCCAGUUUUGGCCCCGGAGAACAAAAAAGAUACAAUCCUUCUUCUAAAACUUCAAAUGGACACCAGUCUAAAUCCAUGUUAAAAGAUGACUUAAAACUAAGCAGCAGUGAAGACAGCGAUGGGGAGCAGGAUUGUGAUAAGACAAUGCCAAGAAGUACACCAGGAAGUAACUCUGAACCUUCACACCAUAAUAGUGAAGGCGCUGAUAACUCCAGGGAUGAUUCUAGCAGCCACAGUGGAUCUGAAAGCAGCUCUGGAUCUGACUCAGAGAGUGAAAGUAGCUCCAGUGACAGUGAGGCAAAUGAGCCGUCCCAGAGUGCAUCUCCUGAGCCUGAACCACCACCAACAAACAAAUGGCAACUUGAUAAUUGGUUGAAUAAGGUGAACCCACAUAAAGUGUCACCAGCUUCUUCUGUGGAUAGUAACAUCCCAUCAUCUCAAGGCUAUAAAAAGGAAGGCCGAGAACAGGGCACUGGGAAUAGCUACCCUGAUCCGAGUGGACCUAAAGAAACGAGUUCUGCUACUCCUGGACGAGACUCCAAAACUGUACAAAAGGGAUCAGAAAGUGGGCGAGGGAGGCAGAAGUCCCCUGCACAGAGUGACAGCACAACACAGAGGAGAACUGUAGGCAAAAAACAACCCAAAAAGGCUGAGAAGGCAGCUGCUGAAGAGCCCCGGGGAGGCCUGAAGAUAGAAAGCGAAACCCCUGUAGACAUGGCUACCAGCAUGCCCUCCAGCAGACAUAAAGCAGCCACCAAAGGCUCAAGGAAACCCAAUAUUAAAAAGGAGUCCAAAUCUUCCCCUCGACCUUCUGCAGAGAAAAAGAAAUACAAGUCAACGAGUAAAUCUUCCCAGAAAUCAAGGGAAAUCAUAGAAACAGAUACCUCAUCCUCAGAUUCAGAUGAAAGCGAGAGCCUUCCUCCUUCUUCACAAACUCCUAAGUACCCUGAGAGUAACAGGACUCCUGUGAAACCCUCCUCAGUGGAGGAAGAAGAUAGUUUUUUUCGGCAACGAAUGUUCUCUCCUAUGGAAGAGAAGGAACUUCUUUCACCCCUUAGUGAGCCUGAUGACAGGUAUCCACUUAUUGUGAAGAUUGACCUGAAUCUCUUGACCAGAAUACCAGGAAAGCCUUAUAAAGAAACAGAGCCACCCAAGGGGGAAAAGAAAAAUGUGCCAGAAAAGCACACAAGAGAGGCUCAGAAACAAGCCUCAGAAAAAGUUUCCAACAAAGGCAAGAGGAAACAUAAGAAUGAAGAUGAUACCCGAGCCAAUGACAGCAAGAAACCCAAAACAGAGGACAAGAAUUCGGCAGGUCACAAGCCAUCCAACAACAGAGAGUCAUCUAAACAAAGUUCUGCAAAAGAAAAGGAUUUGUUGCCCUCUCCCACGGGGCCUAUUCCCUCAAAAGAUCCAAAAACAGAGCAUGGCUCUCGGAAGAGGACUAUUAGUCAGUCAUCUUCUUUAAAGUCAAGUAAUAAUAGCAACAAGGAGAAUAGUGUCAGCAGCAAAAACAGUUCCUCCACAUCAAAGCAGAAGAAGACUGAAGGGAAGACUUCCAGUAGCUCUAAGGAGGUCAAGGAAAAGGCUCCAAAUAGCUCCUCUAACUGUCCUUCAUCUACACCAACUCCUGAUGCUUCUAAGCCUCGGAGAACAAAGCUUGCCUUUGAUGACAGAAAUUAUUCAGCAGACCAUUAUUUACAAGAAGCAAAAAAGCUAAAGCACAAUGCCGAUGCAUUGUCUGAUAGGUUUGAGAAAGCUGUAUACUAUCUUGAUGCUGUGGUAUCUUUCAUUGAAUGUGGGAAUGCAUUAGAGAAAAAUGCUCAGGAAUCCAAAUCCCCAUUCCCUAUGUAUUCAGAGACAGUGGAGCUCAUCAAAUACACUAUGAAGCUAAAGAAUUACUUAGCCCCUGAUGCUACAGCUGCAGAUAAAAGGCUCACGGUACUUUGCCUGCGAUGCCAGUCUUUGCUGUACCUGAGGCUGUUCAAACUGAAGAAGGAAAAUGCUCUGAAGUACUCAAAGACACUGACGGAGCAUCUGAAGAAUUCUUAUAAUAAUUCUCAAGCACCAUCACCUGGCUUGGGAAGCAAAGCUGUUGGGAUGCCUUCCCCUGUUUCUCCAAAGCUGUCGCCCGGCAAUUCCGGAAAUUACUCUUCUGGGGCCAGUAGUGCUACAGCAAGUGGUUCUUCAGUGACCAUUCCACAGAGGAUCCACCAGAUGGCAGCCAGCUAUGUUCAAGUUACGUCCAACUUCCUCUAUGCCACUGAAAUUUGGGACCAAGCUGAGCAGCUUUCCAAAGAGCAAAAAGAAUUCUUUGCUGAACUGGAUAAAGCGAUGGGCCCUCUCAUCUUUAAUGCGAGCAUCAUGACAGACCUCGUUCGAUACACCCGCCAGGGACUGCACUGGCUUCGCCAGGAUGCUAAGCUGAUAUCUUGAACUGAACACAUUCUUGUUGCCUCUGAUUUUCUCCACAACACUGUGUCACAUCACAAAGGAAAACUGCCAUAACAUGCCACCUAGUCGACACUAAGAAUGAGGAAUGGUUUUCUCCUCCCUGGUUCAUGUGUUGUUCUUAUUUAUAACCCAAAGCCACGAUGUCAGUUGACCCCUUUAAUAUUCCCAAUAUGAAAAGUUACUUAAAUGUUUUUAAAUCUGCAGCACAUUGAUAAGAUGGUGUCAGUGAUCUAUAAUAAGAUUGAAAUUCCAAUUGCAAUUCAUAACUAAUCAAUUGAAAUUCUAUUUAU